CAGAGGAGCAAGAUCAUUCUGGCAGGAAGAGCCCGUAGGAGGUUCUGCCUGAGGGCUCCCCAGCAGAGAGCUGGCCCACCAGCCACCACUUACAGGACUGGGCUACAAGAACAGGUUGAACCUCGGGUCCUAACUGAGUUCAUUGCCUCUUCCAGCAUCAUCAGCAUCAUGCUAUCACAGCCCAAGACCAAGGGAGCCUUUGACUCCUUUACUCCAAAUGGCAUUAUCAUCCUCAAAAGAGAAAAACCGAAACACAGCUACCAAAAAGAAGAUAACCCACAGAACAGUCUGCAGAAAGAAGCUACAGUCCUUGGAAUUAUCCAGAUCCUGUGUUGCCUGUUGAUUUCAAGUUUGGGCGCCAUUUUGGUUUCUGCUCCCCACUCUUCCCACUUCAAGCCAACAAUUUCCACCAUUUUGAUGUCUGGGUACCCAUUUGUAGGAGCUCUAUGUUUUGCCAUUACUGGAUUCCUCUCUAUUAUUUCUGGGAAAAAGUCAACUAAGCCCUUUGCCAUGAGCAGCCUGACCUCAAGUGCAGUAAGUUUUCUCGCUGCUGGAGCAGGCCUCUUCCUCCUUGCUGAUGGCCUGGCAUCCCUGGAGAUUGCCUCUCGACGGUGCGACUCAGAAAGGGAAUAUCUAUCCACACUGCCUUAUUCGAUGUACUAUUAUUCGAUAUAUGAAUUCAAGGACUGUCUCCUGGCUAGUGUCAGUCUAACAGGGGUGCUGGUGGUGAUGCUGGUCUUCACUGUGCUGGAGCUCUUAUUGGCUGCAUAUGCUUCCAUCCUUUGGUGGAAACAAGUGUACUCCAACAAUCCUGGGAGUGAAUUUCCUUGCCAAGGUUAUAUCCAACACGUCAAAAAGCUCUUCAAGGUCAUAUCCAACACAUCAAAAAGCUCUUCAAGGUCAUGGAUAGAAGUAACGCCUCAGAAGAAAAAGGAGAAAUGCAGUGCUCCUGGCAAAGUGUGAUUAGACUUUCCUGAAAUUUCAGCUACUUUACACACUGAAAGAAACUUUCAGAAAACAGCCUUUGUUUUGCACUAGCUCACUCUUAGUAAUUUCAUUGCUCUUGAAAACAAUCUCUCAAAAGCCCAGGUGGGUAAACUGAACAGAAAGCAAUUCAUCUACCCAUGAAUAAGAAAAGAAAAUGUGCACUCUUGUGCUAGUGUGAACUGGCUGAGUCUCGUGGCUAUGCACGCCCCACUCCUGUAGUAUUUUCACACUUAUAUUGCUUAAACAUUGGAUAUUAGAGAUUGCAAAAACUUUUAAAAGUACUUUAAACAUACAUGGCUCCAUUUCUGCCAACUGAAUGAAGUGAAUUUCUGUCAACUGAAUGUGGCUCAAUAUUCUGUCUCAUUUAAUGACUUUAAUCUGGCUUCAAAGAUUAUUAUUUAUCAUAAUGCUCUUCCCCACCUAAGUUCUAGACCAAAUAAGUAAUUAGCCAUAUAGAAAUAAUAUCUACUUUAUUACUGUAUUGGAAUAAACAACAUGACCUACCCAAUAAAAAGGGUCCCAAUAUUGUCCCCUGGGUCUAGGCCUUGAGUCCUUAUCCCAAGGGGAGGGUGCAGCAGCCAUAUAGAUAAAUCCCACAAACAUGAUGUUCAGGGGAGAAAAGGUCAUGUAUAAAAGAGUAUAUCCUGUAUGUGAUUCUAUGUGGAGUUUUAGAAGCUAAACUAGUAGGUAGUUUUAGAAGCAGGAUAGUGGUUACCCUUGGGGGGGUAGGUAGUUACUGGAAGGGAACCCAGAGGGUCUAUGGGCUUGCAGAAAUGUUCUUUUCCUUGAUCUGGAUGCUGGUGUCAUACAUAUAUGACUUGUGUUCACUUGCUUCUAUGUUAU